AUGGAGCUCAGUCAACUUCCUCUUGUGCUAUAUAUUAUCACUUCUUUUGUGAUUUAUCAUUUUACAGAAAGACCAAAAGCCAAAGUGAGCAUUAAACCUGAUCAACAUGUAUUCAGAGGAGAGACAGUCACUCUCAGAUGUGACAUUGUUUGUGAAGGAGUCGCUAGCUGGCAGUACAACUGGUAUAAAGACGGUUCAGUCAGUGUUUUCAGUGAACUACAGGAACACACAUUCAGUCCUGUUACUGAGUCUGAUGCAGGUAAAUACUCCUGUUAUGGAAGAGAUACUGAAGGAUCACGAACAUCAAACAUCAGUGAUGCAGUUACACUGACAGUAUCAGUUUUAAGAGUUUCUUCACAGACAUGGUUGACUGAAGGAGAUUCAGCGACUCUGAUCUGUGAGGUUUACAGCUCCUCUACAGACUGGACAUUCAGUUGGUACACUUUGGUACACACUUCUUCAUCAGACAGCAGCAGAGGAGCUGAAGGAAAUUACACUCUCAAUUCUGCUGCUCUACAUCACUCAGGAGUUUAUGUGUGCAGAGCAGAGAGAGGAAAAACUGCCUAUAAAUCAACCUACAGCAACAAACAACCACUAUGGGUCACGGGUGUUUCUCCUCCAGUCUCUCUUAUCAUCAUUUCCAGCAGAACUCAACACUUCUCAUCUGUCUUUCUCUCUCUGAGCUGUGAGGACCAGAGUAACUCUGACAAAUGGACAGUGAGAAGAUACACAGACAGUGAACAGCUGGAAUAUUGUUUAUCAUCAGACUGGGGAUCACAAACAUGUACAAUAAACUCCACCAUCACAUCAGACACUGGAGUGUAUUGGUGUCAAUCUGAAUCUGGAGAGAUAUAUCAUCCUGUUAAUAUCACUGUACAUUCUGGUGUUAUUCUGGAAAGUCCUGUUCAUCCUGUGACUGAAGGAGAUACUCUGACUCUACACUGUUUAAAUCAACAUUCAACCCCACCAAACAUCAGAGCUGAUUUCUAUAAAGAUGGAUCACUCAUCCAGAAUCGAACUACAGAUAUGAUCAUCUCUACUGUCUCAAAGUCACAUGAGGGUUUCUACUACUGCAAACAUCCAGAUGGAGAGUCACCCAAGAGCUGGAUCUCAGUCACAGCUUCCCCUAGAUCUGAUGGUCACAAUCCUGUGAUAAUUAGAGUGACUGCAGGAAUGACUGUCACAUUUUUGAUCACUGUCUUCUUGGUCCUGCUGCUGCACUACAGAAACAACAAAGGAGGGAGAUCUCAGUCGCCCUCUAGUGUCAGUCAACAGCAGAACAGCAGUCAGACAUCAGAGCAGAACCAGAGUGAAGCGGGAAACAAUACACUGCUGUCUGGAACUUCUCAUAUUUGUGACUCUGUUGAUACAGCUAUUAAUAAAGACGUAAGCACAGACAAUGUAAGUGGGCCUACUGAAGUGGGCCUCACCUAUGCUGAGAUUGAACUCAAAUCUACAAAAGAACAGACGAAAAGGAAAGAAAACAAAGAUGAUGGAUCUAAUGAUGUGACAUAUGCUCAGGUUAAAUGCUCAGAGGAGAGACUUUCAGUCCCAGGAUGCUGAGUUUAGGCUCAGAAGUGCUGGAGAAUGACCAGGAUCAUAAAUGCUUAAUCACCCUUGUGAUACUGAGCAAUUGAUGGCAAUAGAUUUAUUAGUACUUAAUAUUAGUAACGCAAUGCUUUAUGUGCUAGACUAUGCAUGCUAAUCUUUGAAAAGCAAUGAAAUUAUUAUUAAACAGCAAUAUAUAUAUAUACACACAUAUGUUAAAUAUUACAUUUUAGAUGCUUUUAUUGUGACUGGCACUGUAAAUGUAUUGAUGUAUUGAAUACACUUGCAGUGUAAAUGCAUUGUUAGUGCGUCUGCCUCCCAUAACGACUAUCACUUGCCGGUUCGUAAACCACUCUGAGUAGGCUGAGCUGAACCAGUUGCAUGAGAGGACUGGUAGUGAUCAGAAUCAGUCAUGAUGUGUCUCAAAAAUUGUAUGUUAACAUUAUAAAAGUUAUAUUACCUUUUUAAGAUCAGACCACAUGCAUUUUUAAGUUGACAACUACACAU